AGGGGCGGAGAGAGCGAGAGAACUGCAAGAGGAGAAGGAGGAGGAGGAGAUCGCCGCGCUUCCAGCCUCUCCUCGCCUCUCUCUCUCUCUCUCUCUCUCUCCGUCUACGGGCGAGGAAACAAAACAAGCCGCGGCUCCGUCCGGCGGGUCGGAAGGGAGAUCAAAGCGGCCGGGCGAAGGAGUCCCGAGGGAGCCGGCGACUUCCGAGGGCCGAAGAAGAAGAGGAGGAGGAGGAAGAAGAAGAGGAGGGGGCACGCGCCCACCCCCGCCUUCCUCGGAGGAGGAGAGACCCCGACGGGCUGCUAAGGCGGCGGGGGCUCCGGCCGGAGACGCUUUACAAGCCUGGCCGUUGGAUAACCGGGCGAUCAGGGGCUCUGUCUUUUUUUGGGGUGGGGGGUGUGAAACAGGUAGAUUUGGCCUCGAUCUCCAAGAUCUCGGACCUCUCGGACUUUUUUUUUCUUUUUUUGCUUGGGUGUUUUCUUUUUUUCUUCCUCUCCCCCCCCUCCGGGUUUUUGGAUCUCCCUGGAUCGCCGCCGAGGAUCUAACUAAGCCUCGCUUGAGGAGGAGGAGGAAGGGGGGGUUACCGGGAAGGAUCCCGGAGGAGAAGCCCCGCCGGGCGGCGAAUCGGACCCCUCCUCCUCCGCUUCGGUUUUUGGUGACCACCCCACCCCCGGAGCAGAGGCGUCCCCCGGGUUUGGCAUGCCCGUUUUCCCCGGGCGGGCGGAUCGCGGGCUUCCCCGCCGCCGCCGCCGCUGCGUUUGGGGGUCUGCUGCUGCUGCUCCCGGCGCCCCCUUUCCAUAAUCUCGAAGCCCUCCGAGGAGGCGGCUUGGAGGAAGGGAAGGGGAGCCUGGGCCGGCGCAGCCUUCCCAGCCGAGGCUGGGCUUAAAGAGAGACCGGCGCAUGCUGCACUUCGCUUUGGGUCUCGCUCCAGCAGCAGCCGCGCCGUCUCCUUCUCCGGAGCCCCCCGGUUCCCUCUUCCUCCCGACCAUUUCAGGCUCCUUCUCCUGGCUGCCUGGACUCGGCUCCCGACUCCUUCAUGACUUGCGGACGACAUGCCCGUUUUUUAGCCGGGGAACCUUCUUCUCGUCCCGCAUGUUCAGGACCAAACGAUCGGUGCUCGUCCGAAGACUCUGGCGGAGCCGGGCGCCCGGCGGGGAGGAAAACGCCGGCGAGGUCGCCGAAGGCGCUGCGGACGGACGGCCUCAUGGGGCCGGCGGCGGAGGAGGCGGGAGCCGGAUUUGCUGCCUGGGCAAGCCGGCGGGGAAAGCGGCCAAGGCGCACGGCGGAUCGGAGGCUGAACUGAAAGCCCUGGCCCACUUGGUGCUGAAGCGGCUGAAGGAGAAGCACCUGGAGGUCCUGCUCCAAGCCGUCGAAUCCCGCGGGGGCACCCGGACUUCGUGCCUCCUGCUGCCCACCAAGGUGGACUCCAAACUGGGCCAGCAUUGGUACUCUCUCCCGCUGCUCCUCUGCAAAAUCUUCCGAUGGCCCGAUCUCCGGCCUGGCUCGGAAGUCAAGCGGCUUUGUGGCUGUGAAUCUUACGGGAAAACUCACCUGGACUUAGCCUGCUGCAACCCUUAUCACCUGAGCAGACUCUGCGAGCUAGAGUCUCCCCCUCCUCCUUACUCCAGAUACCCAAUGGAUUUUCUCAAACCAACAGCGAGUUGUCCAGAGCCUGUGCCUUCUUCCACCGAAACGAGGGGAACUAAUUUUCUGGCCCCUGAGGGGCUCACAGAUUCUCAAGUUCUACAGGAACCCAGGGAUCUAUCAUACUGGUGCGUGGUGGCCUAUUGGGAAGAGAAGACACGGGUGGGGCGCCUGUAUUCGGUCCAAGAACCUUCCCUGGAUAUCUUUUACGAUCUACCUCAGGGGAACGGCUUCUGUCUCGGACAGCUCAAUUCGGACAAUAAGAACCAUCUGGUGCAGAAGGUCCGUGCCAAGAUCGGUUAUGGCAUCCAGUUGAGCAAGGAAGUGGACGGCGUAUGGCUUUACAACCGCAGCAGUUACCCGAUUUUUAUCAAGUCGGCCACACUGGACAACCCGGAUUCCAGGACGUUGUUGGUUCACAAAGUGUUUCCGGGCUUUUCCAUCAAAGCGUUUGAUUACGAGAAAGCCUACAGCUUGCAGAGGCCCAACGACCACGAAUUCAUGCAGCAACCUUGGACGGGUUUCACGGUGCAGAUCAGCUUCGUGAAAGGUUGGGGCCAGUGCUACACCAGACAGUUCAUCAGCAGUUGUCCGUGCUGGCUGGAGAUUAUUUUUAAUAACCGAUGACUCGAGACGACUCGACUCGACUCAACCGCAGGCCUUCCUGAGCGCAGCAUCUUGAAAGGAGGGGUGGACUUCAACUCCCACAGUUUCCCAGCCAGCAGAGGGAAUUCUGGGAAUUGAAGUUCACCCUUCUUCCAGGGUGUCCAAGUUUGGGAACCGCUGCUCAACCAGUGACAUUUUAUAAUGACUUUGCUGCUAAAACGUUUCCUUUUGAGUGCUUGCUAUGGUGUGCAAACGUUUUUUGUUUGUUCGUUCUGUUUUGAGAAAUAGCUUAUGGGAAGAUUUCUCCGUCUUUCUUUCUUUCUUUCUUUCUUUCUUUCUUUCUUUCUUU